AUGUUCUGUAUACCAAAACAUUAUGAAAAUGAUGUAGAAUCCAUUUUGAUACCAAAGGGGUUGAUUACUGACAGGUAAGCAGUCUCCAUGUGACUCAGUCACUCAGCUCCCUGAGGCUUGUUAUGUGAUAUGCAGCAUUGAACAUCACUGCACAUGGUAAACUUAAUUGUAUCAAAGACCUGAAAAGCUAGAAAUGUAUUGACCAAGGCAGCAGGACUAUAUCAAACUACCUUAAACUGCUGCUUAUAAUAAUUUUUAUUAUUAAAUUGUUAAGUCCUGGGCUUAUACAUCUUUGUAAGGGGUUUCAGGAGGGUAGAAAGUGGAGGGGUUUUUAAUAAAGCCCCUAAUUAGUAAGGGGUUAUAGCUUUUAUAAUAUAUAAAUUUAUAUGUAAUAAAUAAACUGGUUCAAGACUUCAGAAGUAGUGCAUCAUUUUAUUACUACAGCUCUGUUUUGUGUGGCCAAAAGAUGACCACGCUCAUCAGGUAAUACCAACGACUGACCAUUAGAUUACAACAACUGGCAAAAAAAGCGGAAAUAAGGUUGCAAUGAGAUAUAAAGCGUUAUUUUAGGAUAUAAAUCAUGUGAUUGCUAUUUAUAAUUUGGGAGAUUGUGUUACUUUUUUUAAAAACUUAUAUUUAUAUUGUAUAAUUUUCAGUAGUUUUGGUUCAUUUACAUAGUCUACAUAAUUUUAAAUAAUGUGAUUUUUCACCGACUUUGCUUUGAUAAAUUGAUAGAAUUGAAAGGUUGGCAAGGAAUAUAUGCUGUGAUGUUGGAAAAGGCCCUCUUGUAGGGCUAUGUGUAUUAAAGGGUGGAUAUCAGUUUUUUGGAGAUCUCAUGGAUCGUAUCAGAACAAUCAAUGCCAGUGGAGGUGAAAAAAAGUUUUGUUUGUUUUUUUCUAUGCACAUGCUUCACUCAAAUAUUUCUUGUGCAAAUUUUAUGCAAUUAUAUUUUACUGUAUCACUGUACCCUUUUUAUGACUUGAAUAAAAAACGGAAAUAUUUCUUCACACGAAACUCUUUCUUUUCUUAAUUUAUGACAGAGAAUUCAGUCCAGAUGUCUGUAGACUUCAUCAGAUUAAAAAGCUAUGAGGUAAUUAUCUUAAAUUAUGUUUACAGUCAAGCCUGUCAAGCGUACCCCCCAAAAUUCCAUUAAUGAAUUUAUUAUGCGAAAGUUGAGUACGUUGGCAGUUGUAGAUUUCAGAUUCAUCUCUACAUUCUUGCAUGCGUAAUGAGCCGUGAAAUUUCUACCAGCUCAGUUUCCCUGAAUAAUUAUUAUUAUUAUUUGAUGUAAAUGCAGGAUUGUCACUAAGAUUUCAAGUUGCCGGGUAAAUACAACAAGUAGGCGGUGAAUCAAACGGCUAGGGAUUUCUUUUGGUUCUAUUUUUCUUCUAUUUUCCAAUAAAAGUAGCCGGGGGCCACUCUCUUAGUAGCCGGGGAAAAUCCCCGGCCCCCGGCUCUUAAUGACAACCCUGUAAAUGUCUUCUAAGAAUUUUAAUUCAGUCAACGAUUUUCAAUCUGACCAAAUACAGACAAGUUCUCGUAAAUUAUUCACUGUUCAUUACGCAUGCAGUAAUUCCGAUUUGAAUUUGACACCAGUUACGGGAACGACUAACGGAUUCAUUUUUCAAAUAAUCAAUUCAUUAAUAGAAUCUUGGGGGGUACGCUUGACCUGUUUUGACUGUAAAUGUUUCACUUUGGUAGGUAUAAUAGAAGUUAAGUCUAAUGGUGGUGUUUGUGUGAUGUUACAGUUCAAAAUUAUAUUCAGGUUAAAUUUUUUUAACCUACUGGUUGGUUCAUUCUCAAUUUCCUUUGUGUCCUAGCCCUGGUUAUUCAUGAGUUAGGCCUAGGAGACAAAGGGAAUUGAGAAUCAACCUGGAUUAAAGGAAAUUUAACCUGAAUUUAAUUUGGCUUUUAACAUAUAGACAGAUGGACUUAUUGUUUUCACUGUUUGGUUUUGUAGGAUGAUCAUUCGUCAGGCGAAGUCAAGAUUAUAGGAAGUGAUGAUCUGUCAUCAUUAACUGGCAAGGUACUAAGUGAAAAUCUCUUUGUAACUAGUUUAUGUAAGUGGGGCAUAUCUAUCUAUGUGGACUAGAACAAGUUGAAAGGAUCUACAACCAAUUGCAAAAAUGUUGAGACACUCUGAUGAAAAAACGACCUUUCUUGCUUCAAAUCGCCACUAUAAAGUCACAGGUCUGUGAGAUAUAAUACUGACCACCCCCCUCCCUUUCAUUCAAAGUUGUUCCUCCAAGUUUUGAGUAUGGUCUUGUAUUGCUAGCAACUUUGAUAAGGGGUGGAGGGGGAAUCACAAGCACAAGAUCAUGGACAGGCCAUUUAAUCCAAAAUACAGCAUGUACAGUGUCUCAAGCACUUUGGCAACUGGCUGUAGAAGGGCACAUGGCUCUUAAUUGGGUUGGGGUAUCAAAUGUUAAUGUGAUCUUCCAGGUACGAACACUUAAUGUGAUGGGGGGUGGGGCAGAGGUGUGACUAAAUGGAGUAUUUCUCAGUAGUCUAGGAAUCAAACUUGGCCAAUUUUAUAAAAAAAAGCCAGAUAAAUCUCUGUUGGGUUUUAAACUAAAUUUGUUUAACUUUAAAAUGUUUUUUCACAUACCUUUAAAACCUCUAAACAAGAUAGGAUAAUUUACACCAGGUUUAUGUUAGUUGAUUUAUAAUUAUUAUCUGUGCUCACAACCUGAAAAUCAAUUCUUCCCAUUUCUCUAUGCAAUUCUUCACUCUCUUUGACUUGUUUGAUCCCAGUCACAUAUUUAUUUCUAAAUCUCAAAGAUUGAACCCAAAUUUUGUGAGAAACAAGUCUUGAUCCAGUUUCAUGUUUCUCUAAAUAUUUUUACCAUACUUGACUUGAAGGUAUACAGAACAGCAGGAAUAAAAGUUACUUGAUUGAUUACUAACUCAUUUUUUGGUGUGUAUUUGGUUGUUUUUGUUCUCCUUAGCAUGUUCUAGUUGUUGAGGUAAGCUUUUAAAGUUUUGUUUUAAGAUAUCAACCCUUUCAAGGGAAUGUACGGUGGCAUUUAAUGUUGUUAAAUAUGUACGUUGGAGAUAACCAGCUAUUGAUACAAUAUAACACAUUACCUUAAAGGAAUCCAAGUAUGUUAUUUCCUUCCUAAAUUUAUUAGUUUGUGAAAAAAUUUACAUUCUUAAGAUCUAAAUAUCUAGCUUUCUUACAACAUCUAGCCCAUGAACUAGGGGUGCAUCGAUUGAUCUUUUAUAUGAAUACGCAAAGUUUUGUCACAAAUUUCUUGUGCCGUGUCUUUUUGGCCACUUAGCUGCUACAUACAUUGGGAGUGGCAGAUUUCUAGCUAUUGCAAAGCAAUGAAAUAUGCGCCAAAUUGAGUGAUUUUUUAGUUUAUUCCUUUAUUUUCAUUCCGGAAUAUUUAUGGUUAAUCAAAUGUGCCCUAAGUAAUCCAGUACUUUAUUUUUAAACAGGACAUUGUGGAUACAGGAGCUACUAUGCAAAAACUUCUAAACACAUUGACCAAAUUUAAACCUGCCUCUAUUAAAGUAGCAAGGUAUGGUUUUGUCUAUAUCAUUGUUAUAUAAUAAUAAUAUUGUUUCUUACCUUCUCUAGAUGGAAGAGGUAGCAUGGCCAAUGUGGUUAGAGCUCUGGAAUUAAAACCCAGAGGCCCCAAGUUCAACCCCUGCCCUAAUUGCCAUCAGGAUUUUUUACCAGCUUUUCUGGACACAGGCUGGCCCAGAGGGAAUGUUCACGAACGGGACUCAGGUCCCAUGCGAGGUGCCAUNUAUUAUCUGUGCUCACAACCUGAAAAUCAAUUCUUCCCAUUUCUCUAUGCAAUUCUUCACUCUCUUUGACUUGUUUGAUCCCAGUCACAUAUUUAUUUCUAAAUCUCAAAGAUUGAACCCAAAUUUUGUGAGAAACAAGUCUUGAUCCAGUUUCAUGUUUCUCUAAAUAUUUUUACCAUACUUGACUUGAAGGUAUACAGAACAGCAGGAAUAAAAGUUACUUGAUUGAUUACUAACUCAUUUUUUGGUGUGUAUUUGGUUGUUUUUGUUCUCCUUAGCAUGUUCUAGUUGUUGAGGUAAGCUUUUAAAGUUUUGUUUUAAGAUAUCAACCCUUUCAAGGGAAUGUACGGUGGCAUUUAAUGUUGUUAAAUAUGUAUGAUGGAGAUAACCAGCUAUUGAUACAAUAUAACACAUUACCUUAAAGGAAUCCAAGUAUGUUAUUUCCUUCCUAAAUUUAUUAGUUUGUGAAAAAAUUUACAUUCUUAAGAUCUAAAUAUCUAGCUUUCUUGCAACAUCUAGCCCAUGAACUAGGGGUGCAUCGAUUGAUCUUUUAUAUGAAUACGCAAAGUUUUGUCACAAAUUUCUUGUGCCGUGUCUUUUUGGCCACUUAGCUGCUACAUACAUUGGGACAUUGAUUUUAAUAAGCAGAUUUCUAGCUAUUGCAAAGCAAUGAAAUAUGCCAAAUUGAGUGAUUUUUUAGUUUAUUCCUUUAUUUUCAUUCCGGAAUAUUUAUGGUUAAUCAAAUGUGCCCUAAGUAAUCCAGUACUUUAUUUUUAAACAGGACAUUGUGGAUACAGGAGCUACUAUGCAAAAACUUCUAAACACAUUGACCAAAUUUAAACCUGCCUCUAUUAAAGUAGCGAGGUAUGGUUUUGUCUAUAUCAUUGUUAUAUAAUAAUAAUAUUGUUUCUUACCUUCUCUAGAUGGAAGAGGUAGCAUGGCCAAUGUGGUUAGAGCUCUGGAAUUAAAAACCAGAAGCCCCAAGUUCAACCCCUGCCCUAAUUGCCAUCAGGAUUUUUUACCAGCUUUUCUGGACACAGGCUGGCCCAGAGGGAAUGUUCACGAACGGGACUCAGGUCCCAUGCGAGGUGCCAUCCCUACCCAAUCCCACAACCCGUAAAGGUUGGCCACACCUUUGGGGUCUACAGCCCAGGCUAUUCUUUUCGAAUAGUGAUAUGUGGGUUCUUUCUGGGUAGUCUCGAGUUCAGCUCCUCUGUCAUAUUUAUAAAUAACCAACUGGUUUGCCUUUGGCCAGUUUGGAUUAUGUCUAUUUUCAAAUGUUUGUUUCUGUCUUUAUUUUGUAGGCUACAAUAAAAACUACUGGGUUACCAGUAAUAGUGUGUUACCCCUUUAUCUUAUGUAUGGGGGUCAUAAGUGACCACCCAUCCAAAUAUCAAGUCAGUUUUCACCAUCAAAGUAUUUUAGAUGGAAACUCUUGUUAUAAGCAACUACUGGGUACUAAAAAGGUUUCUUUGGGAAGAGGGGGGAGGAAAACUUGUUUGUCAAUGUAUCGAGGAGGAAGCUAUCAUUUAUUGUCCUUGUUGGUCUUUUGCUAUUGCUUUUGCACUUGCCCUUGUUGCUGUCGCAGUUUCAACCUAUCUUUGUGUUGUUUGUCGCCAUUUCAUCUGUCUUGUAUUACUCUCUUAAGGCAAUGUACGUGUAGCUUGUCGGAGUCUACCCUAACAGUGCCUCAAUUUUCCUCUGUUUUUGUGGAUGUAAAACAAAGGAAGGAUAUGAACCAGAUUAAAGAAUUUGUAUGUCUCCAGUAAUUAAUCACCUUUUCAUUAAUGGUUGUUAGCUUGUUGGUGAAAAGAACACCCAGGAGUACUGGAUAUCGCCCAGACUGUAAGUCCAAGUAAUUUUUUGAAUUAUUUGUCAUUUAAUUGUUUUUGUACCUUUUAUGUUCUGAUGCAUAGUAUUUGAAAGGAUUGAUGAAGUCGGAAUGAUAAGUUGCAGCCAUCAUGUAAAAAAACCUUAUUGUUAACAAACCCCAGAGUGGGAAAAUAAUCAAGCACUGCAGGGAAGAACCCUUUUUACUUGAUUUGCAGAUUCAAAAAUGAAAACCACCUUGAAUUGUACAGGAUACAAAUUAUUUCACAGCACUACAGGAAAGAACUGCUCAGUAGCUUUCACUUAAAUUUUCAGACUUAAGAAUCUUUGUACAGUAAACAAACAACCACAGAAAGGCACUGCUCAGUAGCUUGUAUUUGAUUGAUUUGCUAUAUGGCUUCCCCCACCUUGUUGCUCGUACUGCAUUGUGAAAGAAUAUGUAUUCCAGGAAAGUAUAAUGUACUGCUCUGUAGCAUUCAUAUGAAUGCUUUGAAACUUUGAUCCUGCCUUAUUGAUGCUGUUUGCAUGGUGAGAAUAUUGUGUCCUUCAGAUUUUUGGCUUUGACAGUGAUGACAUCAAGGAAGCUUAUUUUGACUCUGCUUUCUUUCAGAUAUUGGUUUUGAGAUACCUGAUAAAUUUGUUGUUGGUUAUGCUUUGGUGAGUUUAUCUACAAUUUAAUGAUUAAGUAGAAAUAUGUACAAGUUACAACCACACUAUCAAAGCAUCCACCUAAAUUUGUUACUACAGGCAAAUUAUUUUGGCUAUAACUUAAAGAGGGUCAAUCAUUUUCUUGUUAUUAAAAUCUUGUUAAAGAGACCAAUUUUAGCAGCUUAGCAUGAACAAAGUUUUUUACAGGGAGACUUUGCCCUGAGGUCCAACCCCUUACCCUCUUAUAUACUAUUUGUGACAGAAAAGGUGCCCCUUGCUCAUCCUUUCCAUUGAAAAAUGGUACCCAUUCAUAUACUUACAUACAUUCUUGCAUUGUAAUUUAAUUAAAUUCCUAAAACAGAGAGCCUUUUUGUCAUUUUCAUGUAAAGUUAAAUUAAGGCACUUCUUUUCAAAAUAUUUCAAUAAAAUGGCCUUUAAGUGUAUUUAAAUGCUAGAUUUUUCUGCCUUUCCAUAUACUUCAACUCCUGAAUUCCCUACAAACCUUUGGUAUACAACUGUAGUUCCUGAAGCGUGAAAAAGGUAUCCUUUUUGGGUGGAGCCUCCUCUUUGACUGUAACACAAAAAUAAGUUGGUAAAAGUGUUAUUGAUGUCAUUCUAUUUAAUUUUUGUUCUGCAGGAUUACAAUGAGUAUUUCAGAGAUCUCAAUGUAAGUAAUAAAAAAAAAAUGAACGGUUAUAUCAAUCAAGGAGACUGUGUUCAGCUGAAUUCAAUAUAUCCAGAUAUGUCUAGGACUGAAUGCUAAAGAAAUGCACUGGUGAUCCAUCCCAAAGUGUCUUCAUGAAAAAAUUGUUCCUCAAGGUUCUGUAGUUUUGUCAAAUUUGAAGUAAUAUGCUUUGAGUGACAAAAAACACACUACAACAAAAAACAAAGCAAAACCUGCAUAUUUCACUCCUGGGCCUAAGUGAAUAUUAACUCAUUUUGUGAUCAGAUUGCAAAAAAAUGCCAUAACAGGGGUGUAGCUACAAUCCAUAACAAAAUUGUUGAGACACUUUCCUCAAAUAGGGUAACUUCAAAGAACAAAACAAUCCACAUUUCUCCCCCCUCCCAUCCAUUCAAAGUUGAGGUGUUUGCUGUUUCCUACGAAGGUACUUCAACAGCAGCACAACAUUGCACAGAGGGCGGGGGGAGGGCGGAAGGAAAAACUUUCUUUUCCCCUUUUUAAGAUAAUUUUAUGGCAAAAUGUCAGAAAGGCCAUUUAGGGCAAAGUGUCUUCGGGAGAAAUGCCGUUAAUUGUGACCACAAUAAUUUAUUAUCAAUCAAAGUGAUUUUGAUUAAUGGAUUAUCUUUUUUAUCAACAGCAUAUAUGCAUCAUCAGUGAAACUGGAAAAAAGAAGUAUGCCGUAUAGUGAAAUCAAAAGAUAGUUAAAAAAACAUAGUUACUGUGGAUGAUGUCUAAAACACUAUUAUUGACUGCUGAAUGGUUGUGCUUGAAAGACUGUUUGACUAUAAUAUAGGAGGUAUCCUCCUCUGUUACAUAAUAGCACUACACAUUAAACUGCCCAGGGCAAGGUCUUUCAAACCCUGCACUAGUUGUAAACAGAGCUCAUGGGUUUUCAUAGUAACCAAGCCCUUUAGUUACUGUGAACUGGCUCUCCUUUGGGAGGAAUUAUGAAGGGGGUGAAAAUUAGGGAGAGACUGCAUGAGAAAAAAUGGAAAAGGGGGGGGGGGAAUGGCGGAGACAGGGGCGUAGCUACCUGUA